AUAUUUUACACACAUAAAGAUAAGGCCAUCACUUAUUAUGUAUCGUUCUCAUUACUUCCAUCUUUCAUAAUAAUAAUAAACAUUAAACAACCCCACAGAAAUCCCUGCCGGAAAAUGGGUUUCUUCCAAAUUUAACAAGCCACCAACAUGAUACAAGAAACACCCAACCUCGCCGGAAAUUCAAGAUUCCGUCAACUCACCGAUCAAAUAUCUUCAUUAAUAUAUCUCUCUCAUUCAAUAAAAGUAUUCCCAUCUAAAUGGAAAUUAAUAAGAAACAAACUAGAAGAAAUUACUUCAAUCCUAUCAUCUCUCCCGCCGGAAAUUCAAGAUUCCGGCAACCCCAACACAAUACUCUCCGGCAUCAUUGAGUUGUUUCAAGAUACAACAACUUGUUGUAACAAUUUGGCUAAUAAAUGUAUCGAAUGUACGUAUAGUGGGAAGUUGUUAAUGCAAAGUGAUCUUGAUAUUAUAUUUGCUAAAUUUGACAAGAAUUUGAAAUGUUUAGUUGAGUUUGUUAACAAUGAUCCCUCUAUAUCCAAUGUAAACUACGCAAUUGUGGUAUCGAAGCCAGGGUUUAAUGCGAAUAGAGACGAUAUAAAGUUUUAUGUCAAAGAUUUGAUGUGUAGGUUUAAAGUUGGCAAAAUUGAGAUGAAAAAACAAGCAUUGAUUUGUUUUAAUGAAGUUAUACAAGAAGAUGAAAGAUAUGUUAAAUUUGCAAUGGAAGUUGAUGGACUUGUUAAUGUUUUAAUCAAAUUUUUGAGUUCCAAAGAUGUUGGAGUUCAAGAAGAAGGGCUAAAAUCGGUUGUAACGAUUUGCGGGUUUGAUUCGUAUAAAAAUGUACUAGUUGGGAUGGGGAUUGUUUCAUCUUUGGUUAAGGUUUUGGAAAAUGGGAGUGAUUUAGGAAAAGAAUUAGCUACAAGGUGUUUAAUGAAAAUUACUAUGAAUUCGGAUAAUUCUUGGUCAGUUUCAGCUAAUGGUGGUGUAUCUAUUUUGUUAAAAAUAUGUGGAAGUGGUUGUGAUGAAGGUGUUUUUGGGGGUGAAUUAGUUGGUUUGGCAUGUGGGGUAUUGAGAAAUCUUAUUGGUGUUGAGGAGAUUAAGAGGUUUGUAGUUGAAGAAGGCGCGAUUUUAAUGUGUAUUAAGCUAGUUAAGUCGAAAAAUGAGGCUUCACAAAUUGGUGCAAUUGAGUUAAUUCAAGUUAUGGCAUCUGGGAAUGAAUUUGUGAGGGGUUUGAUUGUGAAUGAAGGUGGAAUUCGUGUUCUUGUUCGUGUUAUUGAUCCAAAAUCGUUGUAUUCGUCUAAGGCAAGAGAGAAAUCCAUGAAGGCUGUUAUGAUGUUAUGUACAGAUUCAGUUGGAUAUAUGAAUAGUUUAAGAACAUAUGGUUUUUUGGAUCAUAUACUUUAUUUUCUUCAAAAUGGUGAGGUUUCUAUUCAAGAAUCUGCUUUAAGGACUGCUUUUUGGCUUUCGGCGAAUUCAGAUGAAUUCAAGAAGGCAAUGGGUGAUGCAGGAUUUAUACAAGAAAUCGUUAAGUUUCUUGACGCGAAGUCAUUUGAGGGACGAGAGAUGGCAGCUGAGACGCUUUUGCGAUUGGUGAUGAUGCCUAGAAACCAAAAAAGAUUUGUGCAAAAUGACCAAAAUGUGACCUUGCUACUAAAAUUGGUUGAUCUACAAGAAGGUAAUUCUGGUAACAGAAAGCUUUUACUUUCAAUAAUCAUGUCAUUAACUUUUUGUAAUGAAGGGAGAAGGAAAAUUUUAUGCUCUGAGUACUUGAAGAAUAUAGAAAAACUUGCAGAUGAUCAAGUGUUAGAUGCAAAAAGGAUCAUUAGGAACUUGUCUUCCAACCGAUUAAGAAGCAUGAUUAGGGGAAUUUGGCAUUCUUGAACUGUAAUUUACUUGUUAAUUGCAUGUAAAUCUUGAUUUUGUGAUGUUUUUUUGGUCAAAAGAAAACAAUGGACAUUAGAUACUUGUGUUUAAUUAGUUGUUACCAAUUGUUAAUAAUGCACAUGAAAAUAAAUGUAGCCGCAUGUUAUAUUAUCAAA